AUGUAUGGUAACAAGCAAAAGCAAACUCAUCGACCAAAGAUUCAUCCAGCUACUUCAGUCGCUUCCGAAGCUUCCAUGCAUCGCCAAAAAAUCGCGUCGUUAAGGUCGAAUUUCCUGGCUCAACCCUCAAAUCAACCCAAAGAUCCUCUCUUCUCUGGUGGCUCAACAUCAAUUAACUCCGUUAAUCACUCCCUUCCGAGUGAUGCGAUACUUUCGCGAUCGCUGAAUCCGAGAGCUCGUGACCCCUACACAAACGCUCUGGUUGGUAAUGGUUUCCCUAAUCUUCAAUCUCGUUUUCUUAAUUCGACAAUCCAACCUGAUUCUUAUUCACCUUCUUUGACGGCUAAUCCUCCUAUGCCGUCGAAUGCACCAAUUCACCCUCGUGCCUCAUACCAUCCCCGUCAUAUUGUCGGGAGAAGUCUUCGUAUAAGUCCCAGUAGUAGUACUUUCUUGCAAGUUCAUGAUCCCAUCAAAUCUCUCCAUGUGGCUAACCUGACGAAAUUCAGAACAUCCGACACUCAGGCGUCGGCAUGGAGCUAUUCUUCACCCCACUACACUGAUUCUAAAUGCCCGACAAUCUUAUACGAGACGCUAACUAGCGUUCCUGCUCCUGAAGCCGGAAUCGUCUCGAGGGAUGCAAACACCGCGGCCUCCUAUCCUCAGUCAAGCUUCAGUAACUCCAUGUUCUACCAUCGCGGUGUUAUUGAACCCACGGAGCAAUUUCAGUCUGUUAUUACACUCUCGCCUAGUGAACCGCUGUGUCUUUAUGCUGCUAGGCAGGGUGAGUACUGCCUGUCGUGUCAAAGACUGGCGAAUUCGGGGACCUCUUCAUUUCAUCGGUCAUCUUCCAGGCACUCGAUGAAAAAAGAUUCCAGUGAAGAUUCCUUUACAACACGUCGCCGGAGACGAAAUAAGCUGCACAACUCUCUCCCAACUGGUUAUCAAUCUGUGAACGACCUAAAGCGUCGUUCCCGACGUCCUACCCUCGCCCCCUCUUCCUCAUCGUCAUCUUCAAGCUCUUCGUUGAACAUCUGUGGUGACAACGCCUAUGCGGCCCUCUCCUCUGACGAAUUUUGGCCAAUUGCGGUGUCGAAACCGCGGGAUCGGGUGUGCCGACGAAGUCGUACAAGGUCGCUGAACCCGCGAAGGAGACGAAAGACCCCCGCAUCGGACUCUUUGACGGACACCGCUCCCGUUGACGCUGAAGCUGAUGGUGACGACGAGGAAGAGGAAGCAAGGGCUGUUGACGCCCUGGCAAUGCGUCUUCAACCCAUGCUAGCGGAGGGCAGGGCUGCUGAAGUACAGACCAUUCUGCUGAAGGCGUUGACUAGACCUGAAACGCGGCAACGGGCGCUGAGUUUGCUGGACUAUUUGACCAGUGAGGGUGCCAUUUUCGCCCUUCAGAACCGUCAACAGGACCAAGCCUCCCGCAAAAGUGAUACCUCUCAAAACGAUGCCAUCACUGCCACCACUAGCGAAGUGAGCAGCGAUCUCUCACAGACCUUCGCUUCCCGACUAAAAUUGGCCGGUGCUGUGGCGACCAACGACAGUGGAGACGAGGAAGACGAUGACGACGACGAGAAGUCGAGUGAGGUCUUCGGCAAUGCCUCGACAACGUCUCCUCCGGGUGAUGCUAAGGCAUCGAGCACCACGACCACCACUGCUGCUGAUGCUGCAACAUCCACUGUUGUUCGGGUGAUACUACCACCUGGAGGUCUGGUUGAACCCCCACCCCCUCGACUCUCGAUGCCCCCGCCCAAGCCACUUCCUCCGCCUACAUCUCGUUCUGCUGUUGUACCGGCGGCUGAGGAACUUGCUCGCAUUGAUGGUCAUGUUCUCAAGAUGUUAAAUGUGAACCCACUUCUCAUAACGGACCUGGUCUCCCAGUUAACGAAGGAUAGCAGUUCUGAUGUCGUAAUUGUUCGACGACUGUUUCGAUGGGUGACGGCGAAGAACUUUGAACUGAUCGAGUACGACCCCUCCGCACCGAGCGAUUCCUUUGUAGGUAUGCUCCGCAACGUUCAGAUGGGUUCCCUGUCUAGGAAUGAACUCUUUCAUGAACUUUGUCGCUUUGCUGGGAUCUACUGUCAGUACAUAUCGGGUUACUCCAAGGGCGCCGGCUAUCGACCGGGUAUGUCGCUUAAACAGGGUUCCCUCUUUCGCAACACUUGGUUGGCUGUCUAUGCAGCAGGUGGCUGGCGAUUUGUCAACUGCAAUUGGGCUGCUCGUUAUGCCACCUUAACAUGGAACUCCUUCUCCCCUGAGUCUGCAGAGACGGCCCCCAAAUGCGACGACUUUUACUUCUUUACCGACCCCGAGCAGCACAUUUUUGAGCACUGGCCGGAUAAUAAGGUGUGGCAGCUGCUUCACGCCAAGCCAAUAUCUCAGGCCCGAUUCGUUUCCCUGCCUGUCCUCAAAUCGGCCUUCUUUAAUGCGGGGCUUUCGCUCAAAAAGCCCUAUUCUCAGCGCAUUGUCACCAAGAAUGGUCAGGUUAGUAUCAAACUUCGAAUGCCCUACUUCGUUGGCAUCUCCUGCAGCCUGGAGAACUUUGCUGAUGGCAACUUUCUCAAGGGUCUCUGCCUGAUCGAAGUACUCACAAAACCCCCAAAUAUGGUUCGUAUCCAAUGCGCGCCUUCACAACCGGGUCGGUAUUACCUCAACAUCUACGUCUUGCCUGACUGGCGGCAGGAGGAUGUUCGGGAGUUGGCUUGCUCGUUUCAGGCAAGUCUGCACUUUGGCGCCUAA